AUUCCAUCCCUCAGCCAGUUGUCUCUCCGUGCCUUGCCACUUUUGCCACCACGAUGGGUUACUUUGAAGAGUACGACUUAGACUCGCGCUUCAAGUCGAUAAUCCAAUCUUGGGACCCCGUACAUGGCCACUACCACGCUGUCACUGAUUGGGACCAACGUCGCACGAUCAUGGUUUCCACGCCAGAAAAAGAGGAUGACGAGGAAGUUAUCUUUGAGGCGCUUGAAAAUCUCAUUGAUGAUAUCCCAGCAGAUGUGGUUCACAUUGCGGUUUCUCGUGACCUCGAGUUGCUCUCAUCGUCCACCAACUACGAGUCUGACUGGACCAUGAUUCCCUUCUAUCCCUCGCCGACGGACUUUCCACCUGUUCCGACGGUCCGCCGCUCACAGCUCACCGAAAUUGAGAGGCUUGGUCUUCAAGCGGACCAUACAACGUACGAACCCACCCCUGGCGAGACGAAGCAUGUUGUGUUCAAGUAUUACAUGAACCAGGGCAACGUUGUUAUGUUUUGGAAUGAAGCCAACUGCACUUUGAGGAUUCCUAGGCACCCGAAUAUUGUGCCUCUGGAUCGCCUCGUUGUUGACUCACCUGGGCGCGGUCCGGAAGUGGUUGUGGGAUUCACAACGCCCUUUAUCGCCGGGGGUACUGUGUCGGACAAUGUCAGCCGUGUCUUCACACUCAACCAUCUGCGGCAGCUUACUUCGGCCAUUGACUACCUCAACCUUAGUCUGGGGAUAGUUCACGGCGACAUUUGCAUGUGGAAUCUGCUAAUCGACCCUGGGACUGAUGACCUGAAGAUCUUCGACUUCAAUCUGGGUGCCAAGCUUGGAUGGGAAGGCGGCAAAAACCAUCGGGGUGCGUUUCGUUACGACGAACACCGGAACGACGUUAAACUUGCGAUUUUCACUCUAUACGAGAUCAUCACACGCGACCUUUCAUUCCGUGAGGAGAAUCACCCUCACGAGCUCGAUUCUUCCACAAUCCUUGAGAUGGACUGGAAACAACAUCCAGAGGUUCGCCUCGAAGAAGGCGUCGAAGUCUUAGAGUAUCGGCGCGUUCUUGAGGAUUGGGCCAAGAGUCGGGGAACCUCAGACAUCCAGGACUACAAGCAGGCGCCCGAGUCGAUUGACUGGCCUCCACUGCCCCAGUUUCCCCUUCUGGGAGUCGGCUGGGCUAAGAGCCGGGAAGCGGCGCAGAUGAGACAGUCCAUGGUCAGGUGGGGCGAGCCGUUCCUUAAAUGGGAACGCCCGCCGACUAGCCACCUGCCGCUCCCAGCGGGUCAACGUCUCCUUGCUACAGGGGAGGUAGUUGGUGAUGCGUGUAACGAGAAUGCCGCAUGAGCAGUACAGGGGCCUGAAUGUUGGACACCGGAAGGGUAGGAGUUACCCUAAUCCUGAGAUCCGCUGAACUGAUGAACUUGAGGGGUUGGGAUGGGGUGAUAGGGGAUGACAUGGGAUACUGUAGUUGCGGCGAAGUCGCCGGCACGGAGAUCGAUCCCGAGAGUUAUUUGCGCGGCGUUUACGAGUAAUACUACUCAUCUCGGAGCCCAGUUUACAGUGGCCGGAGUGAGGGGUUAAUAGUAUUUAUGCUAUGGGUGUCAUUGGCAAAAGAGUCACAUGCCAACCGACCAACCGACACCGAGUGAGCGAGUGCAGGCUUCGAUUCGGGAACCGUUGACAGCAAAAGCCAAUCAUGGAAACAUUUCAUAAACA